CAAACGCCGGCGGGCGGCCCGCUGCGCCGCAGUUGCAGCCGCGUCUCCGCGCUCGCGUCUCCUCAGGCGCCGCCGGGAUGGCCUCCCAGAACCGCGACCCCGCCGCCGCCAGCGUCGCCGCCGCCCGCAAGGGAGCCGAGCCCAGCGGGGGCGCCGCCCGGGGCCCGGUGGGCAAGAGGCUGCAGCAGGAGCUGAUGACCCUCAUGAUGUCCGGCGACAAAGGAAUCUCCGCCUUCCCUGAAUCAGACAAUCUUUUCAAAUGGGUGGGGACCAUCCACGGAGCCGCUGGCACGGUAUACGAAGACCUGAGGUAUAAGCUCUCCCUGGAGUUCCCCAGCGGCUACCCGUACAACGCACCCACGGUGAAGUUCCUCACGCCCUGUUACCACCCCAACGUGGACACCCAGGGUAACAUCUGCCUAGACAUCCUCAAGGACAAGUGGUCUGCCCUGUAUGACGUCAGGACCAUCCUGCUCUCCAUCCAGAGCCUGCUGGGAGAACCCAACAUCGACAGCCCUUUGAACACACAUGCCGCCGAGCUCUGGAAAAACCCCACAGCCUUUAAGAAGUACCUGCAAGAAACCUACUCAAAGCAAGUUUCCAACCAGGACCCCUGACCGGAGCUGUCCACUCUCAGCGUGUCUCGUCUCCUCCUUAGCUGCUCUGUCCUCUCCUUGGUUUCUGUACAGGUCUCUGUAUCUCAAGCUGUGGUGUCAUUUCUGUUUUGUUUGUUUUUUAAAUUAAGUCUCUCGUGGAACCCUUGUGAUAAAUAUUAUUAAAUAAAUACAUUUUGGGGGGGAGUUUUGUCUUGUUUUUCUCACAAGUUG